GUCGGCUCAUUUGCAUAAUCGCGUUUGAAGAUGUUCUCGAACAAACUAACUCUUCUACUAAUUUUGAACGUGUUUAUUGGAAAAUUUACCGAGUCAAGUCGGGAAAAAAGAACCUUGAUUUGGGAGCCGAGCCGAGGCAGAAAUAGCAGAUUACAAAUAAUUACAGGGAUUGGUGUCCCUCUCGACCUCCAAUUAGAGACUGUAGUUAUCGGUUGGAUUAUUAAAGGCUAUUAUAGAUUACCGACAAACGUGUCUGAUAUAAAACCAUUCGGGAAUGUUUACUACGAGAGAAGGAAACGGUCACUUUCCAGAUGGGAUAUUUAUGAUCUUUUGGCUCAGAUGUGGCAAAUGCGUGGAUUUGGCGGUAAAUCUUGCAUAUUGAGAGCCAUUUGUGAGUUAUCGCAUAGUCCGCUUGAUAGAAAUUAUGGACUUUUUGAUGAAUUGAUGCAUGUGGUUUUCAGUCCAAGUACGACGAAGGAAAAAGUGCGAUCGCAUAGCGAUAAUGAAUAUUUUGCUGCGCAGAAGUUGGGUAGGAAGUCCGGGGAGUCCUGCAAAGCGAAGUUUGAUGACUGUCAACACAAUUUGUUGGAUAUGUUUACUAUUUAAUAUUUUUCUUCAAUAAAGAAUUUCCAGAAAUC